CACUCGAGAGAGCAGCUCAGCAGCACAAGGAAACUGGGCAGGACGUCUUGGACCGUUAGUUUCCUCGCGACCGAUCAGUUUCUCGUUUCUGUGAUCUAGGGUUUCCUUGCAAACGCAAACAUGACGCCACUUACGGCGGAGACCGGGAAGACCACCAUCGAUUCGGGCUGGCUUGCCGCCAGGUCCACGGAGGUCCAAUUCACUGGCACUCAGCUCACCACCACUCAUCCUCCCACUGGACCCACUUCACCAUGGAUGGAAGCCGUCGUGCCUGGAACCGUUCUCUCGACCUUGGUGAAGAACAAAAUCGUGCCCGAUCCUUUUUAUGGACUUGAAAAUGAAGCAAUCAUGGAUAUUGCUGAUACUGGAAGAGAGCAUUACACAUUCUGGUUCUUUACACAAUUUCAGUGUAAGCUGUCAGCCAAUCAGCACUGUGAUCUGAACUUCCGUGGAGUCAAUUACUCUGCUGAUGUAUUUAUAAACGGCCACCAAAUGGUUCUUCCAAAAGGAAUGUUUCGUAGGCAUUCCCUUGAUGUCACUGAUAUUCUGCAUCCUGAUGGCAGUAACCUGCUUGCUGUGCUUGUUCACCCUCCAGAUCAUCCUGGAAAAAUACCCCCUGAGGGGGGACAAGGUGGAGAUCAUGAGGUUAUGACGAAAUUCAUGAACAAUAGUUUUUUCUUUCUCUUUUGGUUUUAUGUUAAGAAAAAUUAUCUUCUUAAUAUUCUUAUGGUUAAAGCAUUCACUUAUCAGUUCUCUUACUUGAUAACUUUGCAAGUCACUUUUCAGAUAGGAAAAGAUGUGGCUACACAGUAUGUCGAAGGUUGGGACUGGAUGGCUCCAAUAAGAGAUAGGAAUACUGGGAUAUGGGAUGAAGUGUCCAUUUCAGUUACUGGGCCAGUAAAAAUAAUUGAUCCGCACUUGGUGUCAUCAUUUUUUGACAAUUAUAAGAGAGUAUAUCUGCAUGCCACAGUUGAGUUGAAAAACAAGAGUGCGUGGACUGCUGAGUGUUCUCUUAAUAUCCAAGUCACGACAGAUGUUGAGGAGAACAUUUACUUAGUAGAGCAUCUUCAAACUCAGCAUGUCUCAGUUCCUGCUAAAUCAAGGUUACAAUAUACAUUUCCUCAGCUUUUCUUCUACAAGCCCAAUUUAUGGUGGCCCAAUGGAAUGGGGAAACAAUCUUUGUACAAUGUUGCUAUUGACAUUAAUGUUAAAGGAUAUGGAGAAUCUGAUUCAUGGAGACAUCAUUUUGGAUUCCGCAAAAUUGAGAGUCAUAUUGAUAGUGCUUCUGGUGGGAGGUUGUUCAAAGUCAAUGGAGAACCAAUUUUUAUCAGAGGAGGUAACUGGAUAUUAUCAGAUGGGCUACUAAGGCUUUCAAAGAAGCGGUAUAAUACAGAUAUCAAGUUUCAUGCAGACAUGAACUUCAACAUGAUUCGUUGUUGGGGUGGUGGUCUGGCUGAAAGGCCAGAAUUUUAUGAUUAUUGUGACUAUUAUGGCAUUCUGGUCUGGCAAGAGUUCUGGAUUACUGGGGACGUUGAUGGACGAGGUGUUCCAGUUUCAAAUCCAAAUGGCCCACUAGACCAUGACCUUUUCCUGUUCUGUGCAAGAGACACUGUCAAGCUCUUAAGAAAUCAUCCUAGUCUUGCCCUCUGGGUAGGAGGAAAUGAACAAAUACCACCAAAUGAUAUAAAUACUGCUCUGAAAAAUGACCUGAGGCUUCAUCCUUUUUUUGAGAGUGUAAAUGAAAAUGUCAAACCCGUGGAAAACUCAUCCCUGAUGUUGAGAGAUCCUAGCCAGUAUCUUGAUGGUACACGUAUUUAUAUCCCUGGCUCAUUAUGGGAUGGGUUUGCUGAGGGAAAUGGAAGCUUCUCGGAUGGCCCUUAUGGAAUUCAAAAUCCUGAGGACUUUUUCAAAAGUGAUUUUUACCAUUACGGAUUCAAUCCGGAGGUUGGUAGUGUAGGAAUGCCAGUUGCAGCUACUAUUCGAGCUACAAUGCCCCCAGAAGGAUGGCAGAUACCAGUCUUUAGGAAGCUUCCUGAUGGUUACGUAGAAGAAGUUCCAAAUCCCAUAUGGGAAUACCAUAAAUACAUUCCUUAUUCAAAUCCAUCCUCCAAGGUUCAUGAUCAGAUUCUACUUUAUGGCACCCCAAAAGAUCUUGAUGAUUUUUGCGUGAAGGCUCAACUUGUCAACUACAUUCAAUAUAGAGCUCUUCUAGAGGGAUGGACUUCUCGCAUGUGGGGCAAAUACACAGGUGUAUUGAUUUGGAAGACACAAAAUCCAUGGACGGGUCUUAGAGGCCAGUUCUAUGACCAUCUACUUGACCAAAAUGCAGGAUUUUACAGCUGUCGAUGUGCUGCAGAGCCAGUUCAUGUACAGCUCAAUCUGGAUACUUUUGUCAUAGAGGUUGUUAAUACUACAUCAGAAGAACUGUUUGAUGUGUCUAUUGAAGCCUCAGUAUGGGAUCUCGAAGGGACAUGUCCAUACUACAAAGUUCAUGAAGCUCCCCCGGUGCCACCCAAAAAAGUCAUGCCCAUUGUUGAGAUGAAGUAUCCGAAGAGCAAAAAUCCAAAGCCAGUCUAUUUUCUUCUUCUUAAACUCUACAACAAGUCAGAUUAUAGAAUUUUAUCUCGAAACUUUUAUUGGCUGCAUCUUCACGGUGGAGAUUACAAGCUGCUAGAACCAUAUAAGAGGAGGAAAAUACCUCUCAAGAUAACAUCGAAGGUUUUUAUUAAAGGGUCUACUUAUGAGAUUCAAAUGCAUGUGCAGAACACAUCUAAAACACCGGACUCUAGAGCCCUAUCCUUAAGGCACAGUUCAUCAGCUAGUCAAGGAGGUGUUGGCUUCCUCAUGGAGUCACUGGAAAUUGUAAAAGGACGGAGUGGAAAAGAACAGGAAGUUGGUUUGUUUAAGACAAUAUACAGACGUCUUGCUGGGAAAAGUGAUGAUGGAUUGAGGGUCACUGAAGUGAAGGGGCAUGAUGUAGGAGUUGCUUUCUUCCUUCAUUUUUCAGUUCAUGCUUCCAAGAGGGAGUAUAGAGAAGGGGAAGACACUAGAAUUCUUCCAGUUCAUUACUCAGAUAACUACUUUUCACUGGUGCCAGGGGAGGCCGUGCCUAUUAGAAUAUCUUUUGAGGUCCCUCCGAGCGUCACUCCUCGAGUCACUCUGAAUGGUUGGAAUUACCAUGGACAAACCAUCCAUGAAAUUAUAUAGGUCUGUUACACGCAAUAUUGUGACACGAUCAGCUGUUUGUCAAUACAAAUGUGUUGGGAAUUCAUGUUUUUACAUUCUCGUGCCUCCGGAGGGAAGGAAUCAUGUUGCAGAAUUCCCGUCAGGUUUUGCUUUUUUACACUGAAUCCAAACUCCUCAGUCGAAUA